UGCUGCUGGAGUCACUGUGACACAGUGACAACCUGACAAUGCCUUCCUCUCAGUAAUGUGCCCAGUGGCACUGAGGUGCCUGUGGAGCCUGUGUCUGCCCGAGUGUGCCUUUGCUAAGAAUAAGAAUGCAGUGGAAGCUGGAAGGGAUCUCCAGAGGUCAUUUGGUUCAACCCCUCCAGGAUUACAAUGAUGAAAUUCGCCAGGAGCAGCUGAGAGAACUUUCGUAUUUGAACGGUUCUGAGGAUUCAUCACGUGGACGGGGCAUUCGAGGAAGGGGGAUCCGUGUGCCACCUGCAGCUCCUUCAAGGGGACGUGGGGGUGCCAUUCCUCCCCCGCUGCCUGGACGAGGUGCCCAAGCACCCCGAGGAGCGCCGGUGACGCGUGGAGCGCUCCCUGUCCCACCGGUGGCCAGGGGCGUCCCCACACCUCGGGCCAGGGGCGCCCCGUCCGUCCCGGGCUACAGACCACCCCCGCCGCCCGCACACGAGGCCUAUGAGGACUAUGGAUACGAUGAUGGAUAUGGGGGUGAAUAUGAUGAUCCAAGCUAUGAGGCAUAUGAUAACAGUUAUGCCACCCAAACACAAAGUGUGCCUGAAUAUUAUGACUAUGGUCACGGAACAAGUGAAGAGGCUUAUGACAGCUACGCACAAGAAGAAUGGGCCACAACCCGUUCCAGCCUAAAGGCACCACCUCCAAGGUCAGCCAGAGGGGGUUACAGGGAACACCCCUAUGGUAGAUAUUGAAGGUCCUCCUCAUCUGUGACCUCAUCUCAAAGACAAUUAAUAGCCUGUGGUCUCCACAUAAACAGCAACAAGACAAGUAAUAGUCCAUUUCUUUUCUAUCCUAGGGAUUACUGCUCAUUAUUAUCCUAUGUACUACUUGUAUUUCCUAUAACACUGGCGUGACAUUGGCAUUAGUAUUAUUUUAUAACACGGACUUAGAAAAACAGAGACAAAAAACCUUUGGCAAACACUGUCUAUAAACUAUUCAAAGAUGAUGUUCUGUUGGUUGUAUUCAUUCCUGUGUGUAACUAAAAAGCAUGACACUGUUACAGCUUUUGAGUCUCUCUACAUACUAGUUAAGGCUGAGUUUCUGUUUAGGGUUGCUGAAAGACUGUAAUAUGAUUUUUUUUUGAUUUUUUUUUUCAAGCCAGACAAUAAUCAAGCUGUAGAUAAGAUGUUUUAACCUGUCUUUUUUAAUAUAUGUUAGUUUAGAUUAAGAUGCUCGAUAUUAAGUUUGUAAAUUUAAUUUUAAAUGCUGUUUUAAUGGGGUUGAAAACUAGCAGCUACUGUAUGUAUGUAGCUAACUGAAGUUGUUCAGUGUUUUAACCUGUAUUUGUUAAAAAAAGUCACUUAAAGUUCCAUGUGUAAGCUUCUCUAAAUAGGAAACCAUAAUUUUGUCAAAUAUGUUUGCCAUAAUUUGUCAAUAAAGCUGAAACCUUUUGUAACAAACUAAAUUUGGAAUUACUUGUUUUCUAGCUUUAAAUGCCUGCUUUAUUUCUUUUUCAAGAGAUGCCUAAAAUGUUUUUUAUAUAAAAAUUACAAAAAUGAACCCAAGCCUGUUUUAAGAUUUUUUGUGUAAGACUUUAAAAGUUGUAUUAAUAACUUCUGGUUGUUAAAUAAUAUAAAAGUUAACAAACUAAACUGUUACAUGAAUCAUGGUUAGUAUCCACUAAUGUAUAACAUGUUAAUGGAAAAAAAUGCUUUAGAACAAUAAAUGGAUUUUAAACUAUC